AAUGACGAAUAUUGAGUAGAAAAGUGCUUUUUUUAUCAAUUCAUUAUUGGUGGGCAUGAUUUUAGUGGGUACAUUCAAUACUUUAGUCUAUAAGUAUUAAAAUACAACAGUAAUUGAGGGAGUAACAUUUAUACAUCCUUAUAUGCAAGUAUUAUUAAUAUUAAAUAAUAGGCUUUAUGUAUGUUUGUAGGGGAAGCAACUUGUUUAAUUUUCUACUUUGCAUUUUAAAUGAAAGCUGAGAAAGAUCCAAAUAAAGAAGAUGGUGGAUUUAAGAUAUUGUCAAUACCAGCAUUAUUUGAUGGGAUUACAUCAUCUUUGCAACAUGUCGCCUUAAAUUUCAUUCCAUCAUCUAUUUAUUAAAUGUUGAGAGGAGGAGUAUGAUUAUAAACAUCUAGCUUAUGAUAGUGACAGCCGCAUUUUCAAAAUUUGUACUAAAGAAAAAAUUGUCAAAUUAGCAAUAAUUUGGAAUUCUUUUGGCCAUACUAGGUAUAUUCAUUGUAGGAUUGUCAAAUUUUCUAUUUAGAAAAGCAAAAACUGAUGAUUUCAGUUGGGAGAUUAAAUUGAUAUCAAUAGCUUUAAUCAUAGUUUCUCUUUUCACUUAAGCAGCUUAAUACAUAUUUGAAGAAAAACUAUUUAAAUAAUAUAAUUAUCAUGUAUUUUAUGUUGUGGGUGUUGAAGGAAUGUGGGGAUUAUUAUAUUUCGGUAUUGUGAUGCCCAUACUCAAUUUUAUACCAUGCAAUUUUAAAGAAGGAUGUGUAUUUAGAAAGGGUUAGGGAUAUUGGGAAUGUANAUUUCUGAAUGUAAAAUGAAAUCUUUAUUUAGAUAGGAGUUCUUAUUAUGUUUACUAAAUCAGAUUUAGAACAUAUCAAUUGUAAGGCCUUUUUGGAUGAGUGUGGAGUCUUAAAGAACUUAGAAUAAGAAAAAGCUUGGUAGAUGUGUAGUUCUAAAACUGGAGAAGGAAUUGAAGAAGGAAUCUAAAAGCUAAUGCUCUUAAUUAAGAAAUAAUAUACAAGACCCUAGAAUUAGCAGAAAGUCUGA